AUAAAAAAAUAAAAAGUUGGACAGUCGUUUUGGCUAACGGUGCUAGUACACGGGGAUGAGAUUUUUAUUUAUUUUAUUUUAUUCUUUUUUAAUAAGUGAGGAUCUUGGACGUUCUUACAGACAAGAAAAUGAGUGAUUAUGAUUAUUAUGGGUCUGUUUGAAAAGAAGAAACAUCUCUCGGACUAUUAAUAGGAAAGUUGAGCAUGGUGGAGCUGACUCUCUCUCUCUCUCUCUCUUUCCCUCUCUCUCUCUCUCUCUCUUUCCCUCUCUCUCUCUCUGUGUGGACAACACGACUUCUUGGUGAAGACUAAACUCGGGUGAGGUCGCUCAGGUGUUCUCAGGCUCCAUCAUGCACAACAGCGCCGAUGACACUGUCGUCGUUUCCGGGACAGUUCUGCAACGCCUGAUGCAGGAAAACCUGCGCUACGGAAACGGAGUCGGUCCAGAGAACCAGGCCAUGGCGCCGCCUAGCAACCCUGUCUCCACGGAGACUCUGCUCCCAGAGACGCAGCCUCGGCAGGAGCCGCAGGGUCAGGAGCACCAGGUGGACAGCAGCUCCAUGGAAAAGAACGCUAAAGGAGCGCAAAACACAGCAGCGAGCGUGCAGGUGACUCUCGCCGUCCCUGCGCUUGGAGCGUUAGAGCUUCCGUCGUAUGAGGAGGCUAAAUCUCAGUCUCAGCUUUACAGAGGUCAGCAGGGUCAGAACGAAGAGCAGAACGUGGCCCGCACACACACGCAUGUUCAUAACACAGGUAACACGCUUACAAAUCCAGGUCACACAUAUACAAGUCUAAAGAACGCUAACCAGGCGCUCAGCAGUCCAAAUCCAGGCCAGAACCCACAAACCCCGAUGAGUUUACAGCCAAACCAACACAUCCCCACCAGCACCAGCUCCUGUCCUCCGUCUCUCUCCUCCGCUCCCUCGCUUUCCUCCUUCGCUCGCGCCGAAGGUCGUUCGUGGGUCCAGCGAGGGUUUACGGGAGUGGACGAAGGCUUAGCCGGGCUCGAGCAAGGCCACGUCCGCUCCCUCAGCGAGCGCAUCAUGCAGCUCAGUUUGGAGCGAAACGGAGCCAAGCAGCCCAGAGAGACGUCCCCUAACGGUGAAGAACGAACGACGGCGACGUCUCCUUCCUCGUCCAGCAAAACCGCCGCCCCUCCACCACCUAAAGGUUCCCUAGAGCCUCGAGGUCCUCCUCCUGAAUAUCCUUACAAAGCCAAAGCUCAGCCAGCGUACCCGUCCAGUAUAAGCCCUGGUCCGCUAUCGCUAGAACAAACCCCGCUCUCCAUCGACGCUCCUCUGGGACAGAUCUCCAGUCUAAUGCCACCUGUCGUACCACAGACCGGAUCGGGCACGCGCUUGCCCCCACAGGGCCAGAUCGUACCUGCUGAGGCGUUUUCCAUGAUGAGCCACGCUCAGCACAUGAUGACUUUCCUCAGCGAUGAAAACCAGAGACUCAGACAGGAGCUGCUGAUCCAGACAGAGAAAACCGGCAAACUGCAGCGGUUGGAGGCUGAAGUCCAGCGUCUCUCAGACGCCUAUGAGAAUCUGGUAAGAAGCUCGUCCAAGCGCGAGACUCUGGACAAAACCAUGAGGAUGAAACUGGAGGGGGAAAUCAGACGCCUGCACGACUUCAAUCGAGACCUGAGAGAUCGUUUGGAAACAGCCAAUCGCAAACUGGCAAACCAGGACGCAGAAGGGCAGGAGGACAGCCAUGUUUACCUCUCAGAGAGAAGGGAGAGUCUAAAGGAGAUGGAGAGGCUGGAGAUGGAGGCGGAGUCUCUUCGUUCAGCCAAUGAGGAUCAGCGACGUCACAUCGAGAUUUUAGAACAGGCUCUCAACAACGCUCAGAGCAAAGUGGUCAGGCUGGAGGAGGAGCUGGGGAGGAAGUGUGUGUACGUGGAGCGUGUGGAGCGUCUGCAGCAGGCUCUGGCACAGCUUCAGGCUGCGUGCGAGAAACGAGAGCAGCUGGAGAAACGCCUGAGGACACGACUAGAGAGAGAGCUGGAGACACUGAGAUCCCAACAGCGCGCUGGGGUAGGUGUGUGUGAGUCCAGCGCCCCGGCCCUGCUGGACCUGCUGAGAGAGAGAGAGGAGAGGAUUCUGGGAUUGGAGGCAGACAGGAUGCGCUGGGAGCAGAAAUAUUUGGAGGAGAGCGCAAUGAGGCAGUUCGCCAUGGAGGCAGCAGCUACAGCGGCAGCACAGAGGGACACAACCAUUAUGCAGCAUUCUCGCAGUGGCAGCUACAGUGACGCUUGUCUGUGGCCUCAUGAUGGAGACGAUAAAACAUACAGCCGCCGCUGUCAGGACAUAGAGACCAGGAUGAAAGAUCUCCACGCUCAGCUGCUGGAGAAAAUCGCGAUGAUUAAAGUGCUGCAGCACCGUUCGCGCCGAGACUCCGCCCCUCUGCGCCCCGCCCGUUCCGUCCCCUCCAUCGCCGUGGCAACGGGCGUGCACUCCCGCCAGGCCUCACAGACUGAAAGUGUGCUGCUGGGAAAAGAGAACGUCGAACACCUUCCUGCGUCCCUGCCCUCCUUCUCGGCCUCGCUAUCAUCCCUCGUUCCAUCUCUCUCCUCCUCCCUCCCUCACUCCUUCACUCCUCUGUCCGUCUCCACCCUCCCUCUCCCGUCAAUAAUGUCCUCCUCCUCCUCUCUUCCUUUCGCCUCCUCGUCUUCCUCGCUCCUCUUGUCCUCCUCAGCCACUCUUCCCCUCCCCUCCACGCUCUCUCACUCCCUUCCUCCACUGCCCCCCACCGUCUCCUCCUCUCUUCCUUCCACUCCUCUUCUAUCACUCCAUUCUAAAUCAGCCAGCAGAGACAGCAGCACGCAAACGAGGAGGAGUACAGAGAGUGUCAGAGCCACGCCCCCUACAGGCCGAGGGAGAACAGCCAGGAUGGACUGCCCAGCCACUCAGAUGAAGUCUCCCGAGAGUCGAGUUCUCCACACAGCAGGCCAGAAGAUCAGACCGGCCGACUCGGACCUGGUGGAGAUUCUGAUCUAACACACAUCUACAGACAGAACGGAGUCUCAACACUGGAGGAGAGAGACAGACAGACAGAGAGAGAGAGAGAGAGAGAGACAGACAGCGAGACAGACAGGCAGAGAGACAGACAGAGAGAGAGACAGACAGACAGAGAGAGAGAGAGAGAGACAGACAGAGAGACAGACAGGCAGAGAGAGAGACAGACAGAGAGACAGACAGACAGAGAGAGAGAGAGACAGACAAAGAGACAGACAGGCAGAGAGACAGACAGAGAGAGAGACAGACAGACAGAGAGAGAGAGAGAGACAGACAGCGAGACAGACAGGCAGAGAGAGAGACAGACAGACAGAGAGACAGACAGAGAGAGAGACAGACAGACAGGCAGAGAGACAGUGAGAGAGAGAGACAGACAAAGAGACAGACAGACAGAGAGACAGAUAGGCGGAGAGACAGAAUGACAGGCAGAGAGAGAGAGACAGAGAGGUGGAGAGACAGAUGGAGGCUCGGCUGCACCAGUUGCGUAUACUUUGCUCCUUGUAGAAAGAUUUGUGCUGAUAUUACACUUUAUAUCACACUAUUGUGUAUAACGACGCGUCUGUUCCAGCUGUAGUCGGGACUGUGGUGUCACCAGAGACUGCUACUGCUUCUCUGCUACUUUUUCCCACACUUUAUUUUUCUUCAUAAUAUCUCUAUACACAUUUCAUGAUAAUGAGAGUUCUUAUGACAGGAUAAGAUGAAACCACAGUUCUUUUGUUUCUGCGUCGAACAGUAAACAGGAGCUAAUCGCAGGUAGGAACUAAAGCUGUGAGCGAGGAACUGACGAUGAGGACGUGUUUCUGAUCGAGACUCUAAAGCUCUUCUAUCAGUCGCUCUGGAUAACGUCAUAAACACAAACAGUUUAAACCCCACAGAAUAUUCCAGAGAGAGAAGUGCAUAACAGUGUGUGAAUUUAGUUUCUGGCCAGAAUGUUCCUGUAAGUAAGGAUGUAAGUGCGUGUGGUGCAGCCGUGUCUGGGUCACUCUGAGAGACAGAGCGAAAGUGUUACUAAUGAAACGGGAGAAAAA